UGGCACUUGAAAGAAAACACAAUCCUCUUCAGAAAGGGAAGAAGGAACCAACAUCGCCAUUAUCCAUCUACAAUGGAGUUGCUCUCCUUCACUACCCCUUCCUCUUUCUAUCCCUCCUCCAAUCUCCGCCACUUUCUUCCCACUAAACCUACUCAAUCCUUCUCUCUCCGUCGUAUACCACCGCCGCAACAAUCCAUCAAAUGCUCCAUUCACUCCUCUCCUCAAACCCUAGGAUUUGACUUCAAACAAAACCUCGGUUUUUCGGCUUCUUCGCCUCAGACUCCGGGGACAGCGAUGAGAGGCGCCGAAUCCGACGCCAUGGGGCUGCUGUUAAGAGAAAGGAUUGUGUUCUUAGGUACUCAGAUUGAUGAUUUCGUUGCUGAUGCUAUAAUCAGUCAGUUGCUUUUGUUGGAUGCUCAAGACCCUACAAGAGAUAUCAGGCUUUUUAUCAAUUCAACCGGUGGUUCUCUCAGCUCUUCGAUGGCCAUUUAUGAUGUUUUGAAGUUAGUGAGGGCUGAUGUGUCAACAAUUGCACUGGGCAUAUCAGCGUCAACGGCUUCCAUAAUUCUUGGAGGUGGAACUAAAGGUAAGCGUCUUGCAAUGCCUAAUACAAGAAUUAUGAUCCACCAACCACUUGGGGGUGCUAGCGGGCAAGCAAUAGAUGUUGAAAUUCAAGCCCGAGAAAUGAUGCAUAACAAGGACAACGUGACCAAAAUCAUAGCAGAAUCCACUGGUCGGUCUUAUGAACAAGUUCAGAAAGACAUUGAUAGGGAUCGAUAUAUGUCUCCUAUUGAAGCAGUUGAAUAUGGAAUAAUAGAUGGGGUUAUAGAUGAAGAUAGCAUCAUCCCACUUGAGCCCGUCCCAGAUCGAGUUAAACCUACCCUCAGUUACGAUGCAAUUAGCAAAGAUCCUGCAAAAUUCUUAAAUCCUGAGAUACCUGAUGAUGAAAUUUACUAGUUGGGAUUGGGAGGUAACUACUUCCUUUAAGACAAUUUUUACGGUUUACCUUUCUUUACUUGUUCUCUAGUGGUUAGAAUUUGUUAGUUUUGAGAUUGAAGUGGUUCAUUUUUCCCACUCAAAACUGUUGUAUCUUUAAGUUAAAUAAUUACAUUCAGACUGUCUCCGUUUUUAGAUAUCGCAC